AUGGCGAAAGGUGCUCGAUUGAAUGACACAGCCACAGAAGAACCAGGGGAUCUACGUGAAUUGAUGCAGAAGCUAAUCGCAGAAGUUGGGGCUUUAUCGGGAGAAGUUUCAAAUCUGAAACGUUUGGACCAAACUGUUCUUGAACUAAAGGAACAGUUGAAUCAUUCUGGAGAAAAUCGAAGGGACAAAACACCUAUGCAACAUGAAGGCGAACCAUCUGAUGAAAGGUCACCAAGAGAAUGGAGUCCUGGCUAUUAUAACCACCACAAUUCUAAUUUCUCGAGGUGGUCAAGGAUGGAAUUCUUGAGGUUUAAUGGAGAAGAUCUGAAGUCUUGGCUAUUCAAAAUUGAGCAGUUCUUUUCUAUGGAAAAGGUUCCUGCUGAAGAAAGGGUGGGGGUUGCAGCAAUACAGUUAGAAGGUGAAGCUAUACAUUGGCAUUUAGCAUUUAUGAGAUAUAGACAAUAUCUUCAGCCAGCUACAUGGACUGAGUAUGUAAUGGCAUUGGUGGAGAGAUUUGCAGUCGACUUUGAAGAUCCCAUGGAAGAAAUCAAGAAGAUCAGACAAACAGGUACUGUCAAGGAGUACCAAGCUAUUUUUGAAAGGAAUCUCACAAGGGUGAAUCUAUCACAAGAAAAUGCCAUCAGUUGUUUUCUUGGUGGACUGAAACAUGAAUUGAACAUUGCAGUGAAACUCACCAAUCCCACAACCCUAUCGCAGGUGUACAAAACUGCUAGAAUGCAAGAGGCCUAUUUAGCUGCUAUUAGACUGCCUUCUUCAACUAGCAAUGUACCAGCAAGUGCUACCAGAAGGGUCAUGGAUCAAAGAAUCAAUAGCAGACCAUUGUUACCAACUCCUAGCCAAAGGAAUGCUGGGACUUCUAAAGGAUUUAACAGGAGAACUUUGAGUCUAGAAGAGAUGAAUGAAAAAAGGGCUAAAGGCCUAUGCUACUUUUGCAAUGAAAAAUAUGUAGUAGGGCAUACAUGUAAGAAUUUGAAGCAGAUAUACUUGCUUGAAUUGGAAGAACCAGAAGAAGGGUUGAUUUCAGAGGAAGUAGUGAAUGAACUAGAAGAGCAGGAGAUGGAACUCACACAACCAAUGGAGCAGGUGGGAAUUUCCAUUCAUGUUCUGAAUGGAUCACUGGGGUACAGGACACUAAGAGUGACAGGGUAUCAUUCUCAAAAACCCUUGCACAUCUUAGUGGACACAGGAAGCUCUCACAAUUUUAUGGAUCCUGAGUUAGUAGAGAGAUUGAAAUGUCCUGUGAGAGCAACUACACCACAACUGGUAGCAGUAGCCAAUGGGAACAUGUUGAAGGUGGAUAAAGUUUGCAAAACUUCUUGGCUCCUACAAGGAGCUGAAUUUUCUGCUGAAUUCUUGCUACUACCAUUGGGAUCUUGUGGAGUGGUAUUAGGAGUUCUGUGGUCAUUAACAUUUGGGGAUAUAAAAAUGAACUUCAGAACACUUACCAUGGAGUUCUAUUACAAAGGAAGGAAGCAUGUACUUAGAGGAUCAGGAAAGCAAAUUCUGACUCCUGGAGCUGGAAAGUUGGCCAGAAUUUCAGGUAAACAAUCUGAAUUAUGCAUGAUACAAGUAAUGCCUGCUAUGUGUAAUGAAGUACAAUGUUGUUAUGUGGAAACUAAGGAGACAUUUGAACAAGAUCCUAGACUACUCAACUUGCUAAAUGAGUUUAAGGAAUUGUUCAAAGAACCUACUCAAUUGCCACCAUCUAGAGGAGUGUUUGAUCAUAGGAUUGUCCUUCAAACUGGAACUGAACCUAUAAAUAAAAGACCAUAUAGGUAUCCCUCAGUCAAGAAGGAUGUUAUUGAGACCUUAGUAAAACAGAUGCUAGAUCAAGGUAUUAUCCAACCAAGUAGCAGUCCCUUUGCUGCACCUGUGGUUUUGGUUGGAAAGAAAGAUGGUACAUGGAGACUGUGUGUCGAUUAUAGAGAUUUGAACAAGUAA